AUGGAAGAAAAGAAACCAGAAGAGGAGAAAAAAGAAGAAGGAAAGAAAGUGGAGGCUGGUGAGAAAAAAGAAGAAGAUUCUGAAAAGAAAACUGAAGAAGGAGAAGCUACUAAAGAUCCCAAAGAAGAUUCUCCUCCGGAGGCUCCAGCGCCACCUCCACCGCCGCAAGAGGUUGUCCUUAAAGUUUACAUGCAUUGUGAAGGCUGCGCUAGAAAGGUCCGCCGUUGCCUCAAAGGCUUCGAAGGAGUGGAAGAUGUGACAACUGACUGUAAAACGAGUAAAGUGGUGGUGAAGGGAGAAAAGGCUGAUCCAUUGAAAGUAUUAGCCAGAGUUCAAAGGAAGAACAACCGUGAAGUGGUGCUUCUUUCUCCUAUUCCUCCGCCAUCUCAGCCGGCGGAGAAGAAAGCAGAGGAGGAGAAGCCCAAAGUGGAAGAGAAGAAAGUGGAGGCUCCUGUAGUGGUUACGGUGGUCCUCAAGGUUCACAUGCAUUGCGAAGCUUGUGCGACGGAGAUCAAGAAACGGAUCAUGAGAAUGAAAGGAGUGGAAUCAGCUGAAUCCGAUUUGAAAGCUUCUCAAGUGACGGUGAAAGGAGUGUUUGAACCGCAAAAGCUAGUAGAAUAUGUUUACAAGCGCACUGGAAAACAUGCUGCGAUUAUGAAAAUUGACCCUCCACCUCCACCUCCACCUGAGGAAGCGGCUGCCGCCGCGGAAGCAGAGAAGAAGGAAGAAGGAAAAGGAGAAAAUGGUGGUGGAGAAUCCAAAGGCGAGGAAGGGAAGGAAGAAAAGGCAAAGAUGAAUGAAGAGAAUAAAGAAGGUGAUGGCGGCAAAGGAGAAGGUGGUGGUGAAGCGGCGGAAAGUGGCGGAGGUGGUGGAGAGGAAGAGGGAAAAGUUGUGGACGUGAGGAAGAUAGAGAAUCCAUAUUUCUAUUAUUACCAACCGCCAAGAAUGGCAAUGCCGCCUCAAGCCUAUCCUCAUGCCUAUCCACCCCAUGCAUAUCCUCCUCAUGCAUAUCCUUCCCAUGCAUAUCCUUCCCAUGCAUAUCCUUCCCAUGCAUACCCUCCUCAAGCAUAUCCUCCUCAUGCAUAUCCUCCUCAUGCAUAUUCGCCUCAACUAUUCAGCGAUGAGAAUCCAAAUGCAUGUUCCAUAAUGUAACAAAGAAACCGCAAACGCUAAAGGGUACAUUUUUGAUUAAGUGGAUACAUGUGGCCUUUGCUGUCUCUCUAUGCAUGUGGUUCUCUUUUUACUGUGCAGCUCUAUCCUUUCAAGUGUAAUCGACAUUAAAAAGAACUCGGCAAUUACGGGUUGUUUCUAGUGGAUAUUAUAAAUAAGAAUAGUUAUAUGCAAUACCACCUCAGCUACUAAAAUAGUUGGAAACUUGUGGAAGAACAGUGGAAUUCAUAUCGAUAUUCCCUUACUUAUAGUCUUGAUGAUAUUUUUUUUGUUAAUAACUUUACUAGUAUUACCCAGUCCUGGUAUUACCACGUUACUGCUAUGUAAUACACAAAAGAAAAAAACGCCACGUUUAUACUUGUCAUCACAAAAGCAGAACAUUGAUCAGAGUUUUAUAUCGAUAGUCCCUUACUUAUAGAUGUUAAUUUAUAAAUAACUUUAGUAGUUACCUAACAU